UUAAAAAAAAAAAAGAAGGUGGUUCCCUCCUUUCUGCACCGGGCUGACAGCACAGAGCUGCACAGGUAGCUGGCAGUAGUGCCGACGGGCUCCUGCUAGUCCACCUAUAGCGACACUUCCCUCUCUGCGUGAGAUACAGUCGGAGUGUUUUGGAGGUGAAUCCAGCGCAUCAUCAUCAUCAUCAUCAUCAUAUCCAGCUCAGGUCACCUUUACAGCGCUGCUCUCCUACCGGCAUUUUCCAUCUCCCGAAGAUGAUACCUGGCAAACGAAGAGCUGCAGUCAUGUCCUUCUCGGUGGUGAUAUUAGGAGCCUUGAUGCUGCAGUCCGUCUCUUCACAGAACGAGCCGACAAUCGCCGCCUCUGAUCACGCCACACUUCCUGUGGAAGGCGACUCUUACCUACUGCAAUGCAACCUGACCGGCGCCCACAGUGCCCACGAGGAGAGCUACUGGAUGAAGAACGGGGAGGAGAUCCCGGAAACACGCACCCCAAAUAGAAACACUGAGUACAAGCUGAAAAAACCAAGAGGAGACGACGCCGGAAUGUACAUGUGUGUUUACACCUUCGAGAUGGCUCCUCCAGCAAACGCCACCAUAGAAGUUAAAUCUGCUCCUGACAUCACAGGCCACAAGCGUAGUGAGAAUAAGAACGAGGGCCAGCUUGCUGUACUCUACUGUAAGUCUGUGGGCUAUCCUCACCCUGUCUGGACCUGGCGCAAGUACGACAACGGCAUUCAUAGGGAAAUUGACAACUCAAGCGGACGCUUCUUCAUCAGCAGCAGAGACAACUACACUGAACUCAACAUUGUCAACCUAGACAUUAAUCUAGAUCCAGGCGAGUACCACUGCAACGCCACCAACAUGCUCGGCACCCGCGACGAGAAGAUUGUGCUGAGGGUCCGCAGCAACUUGGCCCCCUUAUGGCCUCUUCUGGGGGUCUUGGCCGAGAUCAUCAUCCUGAUCGUCAUCAUUGUCAUUUAUGAGAAGCGCAAGAAGCCGGAUGAUUUACAAGACGACGAUGACCCGGCAGGUCCAGCGAAAACUAAUUCAACCAACAACCACAAAGACAAGAAUCUCCGCCAGAGGAAUACGAACUGAGCAGCCUGUCUGCUGAGUUUCAUUACACAUGUAUUGACCAUAUGAAGGUAAACAAGAAGGGAAUCCUCACCAGUUGUUAACAGGAUGUAUCUGCCGUUAAGUAUGGUUGUUGAGGAGUUCAGUGAGGCAUGCCUUAUGAUUUUACUGUGCGAGGGUGCGAAUAUGGAAUUGUUAACAUUAUAACCAUUGUUGCUGCAUGCAGUUGUUGACGUUUAUGAUUUUUUCCCCUCUUAUCCACUGAUUUUACAUUUUUACUACUUCUAAAAUAAUGCAUGCAAGAUGUUGACCUUCUGUUUGAUACAGAAAUGGCUUUUUAUUUUGGGCUCUUUUCUCUGAGAGUGGCUUCAUUUAGAUAAUCUGUACUGUGUGUUCUAGAGGAAAAACAAAACUUGGCAAUGUAAAAGUAAAUGCCACCAUAUCUGGUAUGACAGUUGUGUACAGUUUUAACAUUCCCCUGCAUACCAUUUUAUCAGAAAAUAUUUAUUGCAUUUUAAGGGCUUCGCAAUGUCCCUCUAAAAUUGAUUAAGAUUUACUUUACUGUAUGUACUGUAUGUAUUAAAUCACUAUAACUAUGUAUCAGAUCACCAUUAAUAUAAAUAUAUUCAUAUGAUAUGAUGCACUUAAAUGUUGAGGAUAAUGAAAACUGUAUAAACCUACUUUAGGAAAUCUGUACUAAUCAUUCUAACAUAUUGUUUUAUAAUCAUGUGUAUUGUACAGCAUGGCUAUUAUCCUAUGCAACUAUUAUCCAUAUCAAUAUAAUGAAAAUCAUUGCAGCUUUUGAUUUCUCUGUGACAAAGCUUUAAACUAGUAUAGGAUCACCGUAGAGCGUUGACGGCAUACUACACGGCUGCAUGAAUUCUCUACAGCUGACGUGGGAGGCGGCGAAAGAAGCCCACGUCAGGACUGACACAUGUGAAGCAAUUCCAAGAUCCCCCGACUCAUUUUUAAGAAUAAAUAUCUCAAAAAAGAAA